GCCGGCCCCGGUGCUGUGCAUGGAAUUCAUCCCGGAGCCGAAUCCCGAGGAUCCCGGGGAGCAGGGAAUGGCCCCGGAUCCGGCCCCCAACGCCCCCCACCCCGCAGUGUGCCUGGGGCUGCAGGACGGGAGCCUGCUGGUGUACGGCAGCGUGGAUUCGGGAACGCCGUGCCUGCUGCGCUGCCAGAUCCCGGGAAUGCCGCCCAUCCUGUGCCUCCGGAACAGCCCCGAGUUCCUGCUGGCGGGGCUGCAGGACGGGAACGUGGCCGCCUUCCCCCGGAACCACGGUGAGCAUUCCUGGGAAUGAAU